AUGAGGCAGAAAGACGUGCACAAGCCCUUCCAAGGCCCUGCUGUUGUGUGCAGGACUUCAAGCAGCCACGUUGAUGAGUUUAAGGAUGGCAGCGGAGACUCUGGCGACUCCUCCGCGGAAGAGUCAGGCCAUGUGGUCCUGCGGUCCCGAGGCAAGGAGCGCCCAGAGGACUGCGCCCACCGCCCUCACCAGCCUGGAGCCGCCGAGGUGGUGUUGCUGCAGCGGGAGCUGACCCAGGAAGACAGCCUCAACAAGCUAGCGCUGCAAUAUGGCUGCAAGGUGGCAGAUAUUAAGAAAGUCAACAACUUCAUUCGAGAACAAGACUUCUAUGCUUUAAAAUCUAUUAAGAUUCCAGUGAAAAACCAUGGGCUCCUAACGGAGGUGCGCAAAGAGCUAAAACCCCUCCCAAGCCCGCCCUCAGAGACCAGAGUGACCUUCACAGAGCUGCCUGACCUGGACAGCUCUGGUGUCCAGUCCAGCCAGCUGACAGAUUUCUUUAAGGGAAUUGACCAGAACAUCGAGAGCGCAGUGCAAUCAGAGAUCUUCCUACACGAAAGUUACUGCAUUGAGACCUCCAGCCAGCCGCUGCUUCCUGCCACUCGGAAGACGCCGGCAAACGAUGCGGACGCUGGCAUUCAGUGGUGGAAUGCUGUUUUUCUCAUGCUCCUGAUUGGCAUCGUUCUGCCAGUGUUUUAUUUGGUCUAUUUUAAAAUACAGGCGACGGACAAGUCACCUGGUUGUCUGAACACAACUGCCAUUCCCAAUGGCUCGAUGGCGAUGAAUGGAAUGUCAGAGAAAGUCUCUGUGCCAACCAGCCCCCCUUCACAUAGCCAUUUCGGUCAGACCACCCAGACAGGAGGCUCAGUGAUGUCCUUUCUAAAGAAUUAG